AUGUAUCCUCAACAUGGUGCCCCUAUGGCACCUCCUCAAAAGCCAGAGACGUUUAUGCUUUCGACAGAAGCCCAGCAGAGCCUCCCGCAUGAUGCGCAGGUUGCACUACAACAAGUUGACAACUUGAAGUACUUCCUCCUCUCCGCCCCGGUGGACUGGCAUGCGGAUCAACUCAUUCGGCGCUUCCUCCUCCCUACUGGCGAUUAUAUCUCUUGUGUCCUUUGGAACAACCUCUUUCACAUCUCGGGCACCGAUAUCGUGCGAUGCCUCGCAUUCAGAUUCCAAGCCUUCGGGCGCCCCGUGAAAAACUCGAAGAAAUUCGAGGAGGGUAUCUUCUCGGACUUGCGGAACCUCAAGGCCGGAACUGAUGCCACUCUAGAAGAACCCAAGAGCCCUUUUCUCGAUUUCCUCUACAAGAAUAAUUGCAUUCGAACCCAGAAAAAGCAGAAGGUCUUCUACUGGUAUAGCGUACCGCACGACCGGCUGUUUCUUGAUGCGCUGGAACGUGAUCUGAAGCGGGAGAAAAUGGGGCAGGAGGCGACCACUGUUGCGGUCAGCGAACCUGCUCUGUCUUUCGAGUUCGAUUCAUCUCAAUCGCUGUAUGAACAACUCACAAAGGCUCAACAAGCAAAUUCAUCUUCGUUUGCUGCACACGCAAGUACGACAUAUGGCCAACCCGCUUCCCCAGUGGUUCGGACCGUUGACGCUAUGCCUCCUCCCCAGAUGGCUCCCCAGAUGGCUCCCCCGGCGCUACCCCUACUUCAAGACGAGUCGGGCAAUCCGGCGAUGUACAACCCGAUUCCUAUGCCAACCACCCUGGCCCAGAGCGUUAUUAAGCGCGAAGCAGAAUACGGGCAUUACCAGUACGACCGCAACGGGAUGCCUAUUGCUCGCAUUCACCAGCGCCAUGCCUCCAUGCCCACCUUCGUCGAGUACUCGCCGGCUCCAUCGUUCGUUUCCUCCCAAUAUGAGGACUACAGCAAUCGUGGUCUGUCCUUCGAACCUGUCACACCUCCUCAGCACAGCUCUCAUCUUGGAGCCGAGCCGGCAUACAUCGCGAAUGAAGACACUGGUCUUUACACUGCCAUCCCUGAUAUAACCUCCGGAACAACGUUCAAUCCAAUGAUGCAGCUUCCUCCAUCGAACCUCACCAGCGCUCAUUACCCACCCCCUACGAGGACCUUUCCGUCAAACGUCUACUCGGUGAUAGAGGGCUCCCCUACGUAUAAGCAACGUAGACGCCGGUCUUCCAUUCCUCCGAGUGUCACUAGCGUCGCUGCUCCUACGCACACCCAGGCGACGAGCGCACCCAACCAACCUGUGGCAUACGCAGCUCAUCGACCAAGCGAUCUUCGUCGUUCCGUUUCAAGCUCUGUCGCCCCGGUGCCGGAAGUGGACGAAUCUCACCACUUGGGUCACCGGCCUGCCAAUGGAUACCGUGCUGCGGUUCUUCCCCAAAAGAACCUGCUGCAUGAGAUGUCUCGCAACAGUACCCCACUUUCAAGUCUGGAAGAAAAUGCCGAGCAGAAUCCUUUGGCCCUUGCAAACCCACCGGAUGAACUAGCGCCUCUCCCCAGUGGUGAGGUAUUGGACGCAUCUGUUCAGAACAGUGCAUCAAACAAGGCAGAGCGCUACGCACCUGGUCCCGUCCGUCGUGCUCGAAGUGCUACCAUGAUGGAGCUUGGCCCAUAUCCUCAGAAAUCACACUCCUGCCCGAUUCCAUCGUGUGGACGACUAUUCAAGAGAUUAGAGCACCUCAAACGGCACGUGAGAACUCACACCCAAGAGCGGCCCUAUCCCUGUCCGUACUGCAACAAGGCCUUUUCUCGGUCAGACAACUUGGCACAACAUCGGCGAAUCCACGAGGCCCAGCAGGAUGGGCAACAGCCCAUUGCUUCACACGACGAAGACUUCGACAACGAGGAUAACGGAUUUGGUUCGGCGGACGAGGGAUCAUCACCCUCCGAAUCGGUCCACGGCACCAUGGUCAAUGUGCCUGGGAUGACUUCGAUGCCCCCCGCGAUGACCUUGCCGUCUGCCAUGCCUGCAAUGGUUGCCCCCCACAUGAUCGCGCCUCAGCUCCUACAACAGCAUCUAUGA